AUGGCUACCCAGGAGCAUAAGCCCCCCUGUCCGCCGUUUGACCUCGAGUCGGCCCGGAAGAAGGUCAGGGCUGCCGAGGACGCGUGGAACACCUGCGAUCCCCAGAAAGUGAAAAUGGCCUACACGCCUGAUUCCAUCUGGCGCAACCGAGACCAGUUUCUCCAAGGCAGAAAUGCCAUUGAGGAGUUCCUCACCAAGAAGUGGUCCAAGGAGAACGGCUACCGGCUGCGCAAAGAGUUGUUUGCCUUUACUGAUAACAAAAUCGCCGUUCAAUUCUGGUAUGAAUGGCAUGACGACCAGGGCCAGUGGUGGCGCACCUACGGCCUCGAGGACUGGACCUUUGCGGAGAAUGGUCUCAUGCGGAAGCGCCAGAUGAGCGGCAACGAUGUGAAAAUCACGGAUGAGGAGAGGUGGUACAAGGAAGGCGUCGAUGUACACCAAGUGGACAUUUCGGAAAAGCAUUGGUAG